AUGACUCCCAAGCGCUGCCGGGACAUCAUGUUCCACCUGCACGUGCAGGAGAUGGAACGGAUGCGCCAGAAGCGCACGUUCCCCAUGCCAAAGGUGCAGCCUGGCGACCUCGUGGAGGUCAGGUACGAGCUGAGCCGGAGCCAGGAGACCACCGCCACCUUCCAGGGCUUCUGCAUCGAGGUGAGGAACAAGUUCCUCAACUCGGGCUUCGUUCUGAAGAACACAUACGACGGCGUCGGGGUAGAGCAGCUUGUCCCGCGCUACUCGCCCCGAGUAUUGAAUGUACGAGUUGUGCGAGCUCUGCAGCCUCGCAGUCCAAAGGUUGACCCGCGCCCGUCGACAAGGAAUUACCGACACAUGUGGCAUUAUUUUCAGCGUUCGAAGUACUCCCAGGGCAAGCGAAUGCUGUGGAGAUUCCACACGCCGCAGCGGCCAGGCAUCAUGUCGCUGGAGCCCAAGAUCCGCGCCGAGCUGAAGAAUCUCCGGAGGUGGGGCCGCCCUCCCCUCCCCGCUCCCGUUCUCCUCUGCCCCCUCGUUCCUCCGGUUCUCCCGGGUCUUCGAUCAUGCCCCCCUUGCUGCACGCGACCACCCAGCCCCGGCGCGGAAGACCGGCGAGGACCCUCGGGGGUGGACAGACCUCCUGCCUUGACGCGCCGAUCCGUGAAUUGGCCGUCUUCGGCUCGCGAGAGGACGUCGAGGAAGUCAUGUUCUGCGUGCCCAGGUCCGUCGGUUUCGGCCCCAGGCCGUUUCCACUAA